AUGUCACUGAAAAAUCCUCUACAGGUGGUUAACAUUCCAUGGAGAAACAACAAUUAUAGUCUCAUGAACAAGGACCCACCUUUGUCUGACCAGGGGGAGACUAUCAUAGGCGUCUACUUGUUAGUGCUCGGUUGGCUCUCGUGGUUUGGGAACAGUAUCGUAAUCUUUGUUCUGUUCAAGCAAAGAAGUUCUCUGCAGCCUACAGAUUACCUGACCCUUAACCUGGCCAUUUCUGAUGCCAGUAUAUCUGUGUUUGGCUACUCUCGUGGAAUCCUUGAGAUCUUCAACAUCUUUAAGGACAAUGGAUAUCUCAUUACGUCUGUGUGGACAUGCCAGGUGGAUGGCUUCUUCACCCUGGUCUUUGGCCUGGGGAGCAUCAACACUUUGACUGUAAUCAGUAUAACCAGAUACAUCAAAGGCUGCCACCCCAACAAAGCUCAUUGCAUAAGAAGCUCCACUAUAGGUUUGUGUAUCUUGCUCAUCUGGAUAGGGGCAGCAUUCUGGUCAGUUGCCCCCUUACUAGGCUGGGGCAGUUACACAGAUCGUGGAUACGGAACUUGCGAAAUCGACUGGGCUAAAGCAAACUACUCAACCAUUCACAAAUCCUACAUAAUUUCCAUCCUGAUCUUCAGCUUCUUUAUCCCAGUAUUGAUUAUGCUCUUCUCCUACGUAUCCAUUAUCAACACGGUCAAAAGGGGUAAUGCAAUGUCAGCUGAGGGUGACCUAACUGACAGGCAGAGAAAAAUUGAGAGAGACGUCACCAUUGUGUCUAUCGUUAUCUGCACGGCAUUUAUCCUGGCGUGGUCGCCCUACGCGGUCGUCUCCAUGUGGUCGGCUUGGGGCUUCCACGUCCCCAGUCUCACCAGCAUCUUUACUCGUCUCUUUGCCAAGUCUGCCAGCUUCUACAACCCCCUCAUAUACUUUGGCUUGAGCUCCAAGUUUCGAAAGGACGUUAGCGUGCUGCUGCCUUGCGCCCGUGAGGGCAAGGACACUGUCAAACUCAAGCGCUUCAAACACAUCAAGGCCAGGGGAGAGGCCGCCUCCCCUGCCGCUCCACGUCAGAAGCCCAUGGAAGAACCAGAGGCUGCCAGGGUGCCCCUGAACCAGAAGGCUGAGAAAAACAACAAGGCUGGAGGACAGUUACUCAACCCCUCCCCCAGCCCAGACUCAGGGGUGGGAAGUCACCCCAAUACACCUCCCCCAGCCAACAACGAGGUGUUCUUCAUCGAAAUGCCUCAGCACUCCGAAACACCAGAGUAUGAAUGUGACAGACUGUAG